AUGUACAAAAAGAAGUUUCAAAUGAAAUUUCAAGUAAAUAAAAACACUGCAUAUUGUCUCCACAAAUUGUCAGGAAUCUCAUCCUUAAUGAAUUUUUUAGUGUUGAUAAUUGUUUGUCAUUUUGUUUAUCCAGUAAUGAAACCUUUUAUUUUCACCGGUGGUGCUGGACUUCGAAAUAUAGUCUUAUUAAUUCUUCCAAUCUCGGCAACUAUUAGGGGCAUUGUUUAUCAAAAUGCGGUUUCUCCGCGCCUUCUUAAGUCUGCCGUUUUUUAUUUUUAUAUUCUCCGAUUUUGCUUUCCGUAUCCUCAUUCACUCUCAUCUAAUUCUUAA